GCCAUAGAGGUGAAUAUUGCUCAAUAUCAGUCUGAGGUUCCAUAUCUGAAAGUCAGAGGUCACAGUUCUAGGUUACUCCGUUGUUUUAGUCUUACUAACUUUGGUUUUCGCUGACACGCCAACGGCAACUGCAUUGAUCUUCGCGCAGGGUAAGCUGAGCCGCGGUACAGAUUUAUUCACAGGGUUUGCGUCGUCAAAUCUGCCACAGAUCACCCUGGAGUCGCAAGAGAAAGACAAUGGUAUUUGCGCAUCUUCACUCAUCUUGGCGAUCGGUUACAUCGUGAAGGCAUUCCAGACCUACUUUUCUGAUAAAUCGGCAUAUUCGAGCGUCUUGACCUGUCUAACUCGAGGAGUGCACAUCAGUUUCUACGAAAUCGGCGAUACUCUGUUGUUCGCAUGCACUUUUCUUUUGUCGAUGGAUCGUGUUUUUACGGCAGUUUCUUGGAAGCGUUACUUGAACCUUAGCCUGAAAUUCUACAAACGUCUUGUGAUAAUAGUCUCUGUGCUAAGUACAGCGGAAUGCAUGUUGCUCUGGACUACGGCAGCGAUCACGUUAAAGAACGGCGGCAUCACCAGCCUGUGUACCUACGGAGAAGUGGCAGGGAAAACGCACCGAAAAAUGCAUCUUUUCUACAUGAUCUUUACCGGCUACAUGUCGUUUUCACUAUGCUUUGUCGCCGUUGUAAUAAUGCGCAUUAAACUGUCGUACCGCGAGCAAAUGCCACUGCAGAAUUCAAGUUUUCAACUGACCAAAGCCGUCGUCAUAAUGAUGGCCAUCUUUGUCAUCACUCACGUGCUGCCACUGUCAUUGUACUACGUAGUCCGUUUGAGAAGAGAACAAUACCACAUUUUCGACCGCUACGUUUGGGUUGUCAGUUCCUUUUCGUUGUGCAUAACCUCGUUUGUCUACCUAUUCCUCAACCCUUCCAUGAGAAGGGCCCUUCCUGUUAUCCGUUUCCGGAAGUACUGUCAGAGACAGAGGGUCGCCAGCGUUACCUUGGCUGCUACUACCACUGAAGCUGUUGUUCCUUAG